AUAUGACAGUUUGUAUUCAGUUGAAAAUGACUUGCUAUGAAAUGCUUCUCUGGAGUUAUGUGAGUGUUUUAUAUUAGAUCUAUGAGGAUAUAUAAUCUAUUAUGUAUAGAAGACAAAAAGAUAGGAAGUGAAGAGCAAUUUCUUCCUUGUCAAAUGCUUAUGAUAAUUGCAAUGUCAUAAAGAAUUUUUUUAAGAAGAAUUCUAUGAAGAGUGGGAGAAAUUAACAGUUUACAGAGUAUUCUGGAAAAAUUAUUUUCUGUGAUGGCUGGCCAUAGAGAGGACAAAGAAUUGUUUCCUGACUAUCAUGUCAGGAGAAGAGAAGGAGUAAAUAUCAAGAACUGCCUUCCCAGUAUGUCAUCACAUGUGUCUAGGGCUUCAGCUUCCUGGGAUCACAAGAUCACAGACUUAGAAUCAAAAACCUUUACAGAGACCAUGAAGUCCAACCCACUAAUUUCAAAGAAGAGGAACCUAAGCUGGAGAGAUUUAGAAAAUGGAAGUGUAGUACAAAUUGGAGAAUUGUUGCCAUGCAAGAUCUGUGGAAGAACCUUCUUUCCAGUUGCCUUAAAAAAGCAUGGUCCAAUUUGUCAGAAAACUGCUACCAAAAAACGGAAAGCCUUUGAUUCAAGCAGGCAGAGGGCUGAAGGGACUGAUAUUCCAACAGUAAAACCACUUAAACCUCGGCCAGAACCUCCAAAGAAACAGUCUAAUUGGAGAAGAAAACAUGAAGAAUUCAUUGCCACCAUAAGGGCAGCUAAAGGGCUUGAUCAGGCACUUAAAGAGGGCGGCAAACUUCCACCACCACCUCCACCUUCUUAUGAUCCUGAUUACAUUCAGUGUCCAUAUUGCCAGAGGAGAUUCAAUGAGAAUGCAGCCGACAGACAUAUUAAUUUCUGUAAGGAACAAGCUGCUCGUAUUAGUAAUAAAGGCAAAUUUUCUACUGAUACUAAAGGAAAGUCAACCUCUCGAGCACAGUACAAGCCGCCUGCCUUUAAAAAGACAAAUUCUCCAGGAACAGUACCUUCAGCAUCAUCACGCUUACCACAGCCAAGUAACAUUAGCAAGUCUGUCGUAGCUGUACCUUCAAGUAAAGGGUCUUCUGUCAGUGGCUCUUUUGGAAGCAAACUUCAGAACUUAUCUCCCUCUCAUAAAGGAGUAGCAGCUCCACAUUCAGGUAAGAUGGACAAGUUAGGCCCACCACUUCGAACUGGAAGAGAUGUGCAAAGGUUGUAUGAAAAUGAUACAAAAUCAGACAGUGCCAUCAAAAGAAAUGAGUUAUUGCCCAUUAACAAAGGUAGCACGAAAGCGCGAGCUUCGACACCACCUAGUUUGGCAAGAAAUUCUAUACCAAGUGUGUUACCAAACAAGAGAAAAACUUAUAAUGCUGAUAGUUAUACAAACAGGUCAGAUGUAGAUUAUUCAUCUGUCAAUGGAGGAAGCUUUAAAGGCAAUGAAGGAAAUUCAUCUGGACAGUUAUCAAAAUUCUGCCAUGAAUGUGGAACUAGAUAUCCAGUGGAAUGGGCGAAAUUCUGCUGUGAAUGUGGCAUUCGAAGGAUGGUUCUAUGAACAUGAAUCAAAAAGUAAAAGAAAGACCCAAGCCCAGAGUUCUAUAGAGAUACUGCUUCAUGGAAACUUAGAGCACUUCUCCAGUUAUUUCAUGCUACAAAUAUGCAAACAUAGUAAUUUUUUUUAGUGCAAUCCUUUUUGGCUGAAUAAUUUAUAUAUAGAUUUUGUACAUACUAUGUGUAAAUAAUAAAUAUCAGGUGCCCACAAAUGUGUCAUUUAGGAAAAUAUUCUUUCAGCUUGAUAUAUUUUCAAGUGGACACAUGUUAAUUUAUAGAUAGUAACUUUCAUUUUGUUUGUUAAAAGCACAUUAUCCCAAGGUAGCCUAAACUUACCUCUUUGAAAUUUUGACUUUCAGAAGAUAAGUAAACAUGUUAUUUUAAUUUAAUCUUACCUUUUAAAAGGUUAUGGGAUCAUAGAUUUAGAUCUAGCAGGCAUUUCCAUGGCCAUUUAGUUCAAUUCUUAUUUACAUGAGGAAAUCAAGGCCCAGGAAUUUUGCAAAUUGCCUGAGAUUGUGUCAGACAUAAUACAUUAUUUUCCUUUAAUUUUGUACUCAAAAAAAAUUUCUUUGGCUAAAGUCUUAUCGGAGCACAUUCCCUUUUUUGUUAUUGUAAUUAAUUUAAUAAUAUUUAUUAAAAUAGAUAAACAUAGACCUAUGUGGCCCAUUUCUUAGACAUAUAACAAAACAACAUGAUUUAAAACAUACAUGUGCAUUCUUUGGAAAAGUAAGUGAAAUUUCCUUUUGAGAGGCUUAUUUACAACUAAAAGAAUGAUCAAAAUUGAAAAUAAAGAAUUUUGCAGCUGUUUUCAAGAUAAGGAUUUUUAUUCCCAAAUGGCCCAUGAAAGUACUUAUUAAUGUCAUCUUUCUUUUUUGUUCCCAAUUGUGACUUCAGCUUAUUUUGGUUUUCUGCCUCUUCUUUGUCUUCAUACUUGAGAAGAAAUUUUAAAUAAAAAUUUGAUUUUUGUGCAUUUAGAAACUGUAAAUAUACAUUGUUUCUCCAUAAGGAAUAUGAAAUCAUAACUUGAUUUUAACAAAUUUCCAAUAGAUACCUAGAUUUUUUUUUAGUAUUUCACACAAAAAUAUGUAACAGAUUUUAUAGGAAUCCAGUUUGUCUGAUAGUACAAAUUCAGGAUCCUUCCAUCAAGCAAUUAUCAAGAAUUUAUGUUUGCUAGGAACUAUCCUAAAAGCUAGUGGUACUGAGAAAAAGAAAAAGUCUGUCCCUAAAUAUCUUGCAUUCUAAUGGGAGAAACAAUAUAUAUGUCAGAACAUAAGAUAAAGGAAUGUAUGAAUUAUAGAAAGUUAUGAAUGGGGGUAUACAUUGUCAUUCAGCCACCAUUAAGUAAAAUUAUCCUUUGUUAUAUAUAUAUGUGAUUCAGAUCUAAUUUUUCCAGUAGGGUUCAGUUUAGUAAUGCUAGUCCACAUUUUAUAAAUCAAUAAUUAACCAUAAAAAUUAAGAUUUUACUGUGUAGUCAUCUAUCAUGGAAGGCUUUUUUAACAUUCUAGUUUAGUUAUAUGUCAGAAAUUCAUUAAUGAUCUAAUUGUGCCUUCCCCACUACUUAAUUAUCUCCAGUUAUUGUUUGUAAAUCAUUGUCACCAAUAACAUAUGGUAGUUAUUAGGUUCCUGAAAGCCUCUACUGGAAGUGAUAUAGCUUAUGCUGCUAUUUUUAGCAUUCUUAACAGUAUUUUUAGUCCAUUCAAAUUUAUGAAAACUAAAUUUUACUAUAAAAUGGAUAGAGCUAAUUACAAACAAAAUUUUGGUGUAUAUGAGAUUAGAUUUGGGCUAUUUGGUGUUAAAUUGCCCUACUCUUGGGAAUUAAGAUGGAAAUUUCUAGAAGUCUUAGGGGGGGUGUUUCAAAAAUGUAGUUCUGUUUAACCUUUAUGACUUUUUUGCUCAGUUUGAAAGGUUUAUAAAGGAGCAAAGGGAACAGGAAUCAUUCAAUUCACCAAUAAACCUUUCAUGAAUUUCAUUACCUGUUUUUAUACACGUAUAGGGCUAAUUACAUGGAAAAGUUGGCAUUUAUUAAAAUAUAUUGAACUGAUCUCAAAAAAUGAUCACUAUCCAGUAAUUAGAUUAGGAUUUAAGAUUUACAUUUUAGAAUUAAAUUUUGACCAGUUUCUAUUCUGUUCUUCUGUUCUUAAUAUAGGUUGUUCUAACCCAAAUUAAGAAGAUUCAAGAGGCAGCUUGGCAUAGUGAAAAGAGUGCUGGACUUGAAGUCAGGAAACCUGAGUUCAAAGUCGGCCUCAAACACUUAUAGGCUGUGUGACUCUGGGCAAGUCACUUAACCUCAGUCAGCCUCAGUUCCCUCAUCUGCAAAAUAGGGAUUAUAAUGCUUGCACUUUCUACCUCACAGAGUAGUGAGGAAAGCACUGUGCAAAUCAUAAAGCUGUGUAAAUGUAAGUUAUCAAAGUUUGAACUUGGUGGUUUUCUUCCUUUUUUUAGUCACAGAAAUUUCUCUGCACACAAAAUUUCUCUGCACACAAAUGUAGAGCUAAAUGGGUUAAAUCAGAUAGACUGGCAUAUGUGUUUCUCAUAAUGAAUUCUAUAGUAACAAAUAAAUGUCUAAAUGUAAUGCAUGGGGAAAUGAUUCGAUAAGGAAUUUUUUGUUUUGAAAUCCAAAGAGCUUAUUAUGAACUGUGAGGAGAUAAAAUAUAUUUAUGAAUUAUGAAACAUGUCAUGACAAUGUAUUUAUAUUCAUUUUAGAAUUUCUGUAAUUAUAUGCAUAUAUUACUCUCAGUUUGAUUUAUUGUGCAAUACCCUACUUCAGUUUUUCAGAAACUAUCUUAUAGCUAUGCACCAUUUAUUUUGUUUUUAUUUAUUUUUGUAAUGUGUUUUCCAGUGCUGUAGCAUAGAUAAUGAAUUUAAGCUUGAACUACAAAUGUACAAUUCCUUUCUGAAAUUUAUUAGUUUAAGUAAGAUUAAGAUAACUUGUCUAUUGUCCACUGUAACUUUUUAUAAAUAAUGUAUGAUGUGUUUGACCUCCUGUAAUAAAGAUAUGAAACAGCA